AUGCUGGGAUUUUCAUAUGGAGAAAUAUUUCUAUUGCUAGGAGCCACUGCUGCUCUGCUUGGUCCAAAGGAUUUGCCAAUCAUAACCAGAACAGCUGGGAGGAUGGCUGGCCGGGCUAUUGCAUAUGUACAAUUAGCCCGGGGACAGCUUGGAUCUGUUAUACAGCAAUCUCAAGCUCGCCAGCUUCAUGGUGAACUUCGGGAUAUGAUGGCACAAGUAGAUGCUAUUAAACAUGAAGUUCGAAGUCUAUCAUUCAUAAAUCCUGGCCCUUUAACUCGAAUGCUUGAUAAUCUCGACCAGCCAUCUAAUUUAAAUGUUGGAUAUACAAACAACAGGAAACCAGAAGGUGCUGGGGUGAAUCUCUCAAUAUCGUCUCUUACCAAGGAUUCAACUCCAUUGCCUUCCAAUUCAUUCAAUAUGCAAAGCAAAGCAACUACUUAUGCCAGGUUGGCCGAGGCCCCUUCCAUCAAGAAUGGUUCAUUGGCAAGUAGUGGUGAAGUGGAGAAGAUUAAAGAUGGUCUGCAGCUUAUUGUCAUGCCACUUUCCGCUGAAAGUACUGGACUUUUACCAAAUCGUGGUGGGGCUGAUGUGAAAGGAUCUGACAUAGUCCAAGAAGCAAUUUUGGAAGCAGAGGUAGCUCAUAAAGCAAAGGAGUUCUUUUCCCAACCCGAAAAUCAGCCUGAAAAUCAGAUAUGA